ACUUGGCCUUACCUUGUCUUUUUGUUCUAUUGCAUUGUCUGGAGCAGGCACAUUUGGGGAAUAUCCCGAAACACCCACAAUCCCGCCAAUACCCCCUUUCUACUUGUCACCGCUGUCACCACUGCCACACUCGCCAUUGCAGUCAUAUUUGCGUUUAUUGAAUGACAAUCGCCUGCAGCAGGACACCUCCCGAUCUCCAUCCCCACCUGCCUGGGGCCUCGUUAGCGAUCAUUGUGACUUUCCGACUCCUCUAAGCUGGCUUCCCCACAACAAGCACGGAGCAGGGCACGUGCCUAUUAGGUACCGAUCCCGGUCUCGAGCUAUGUGAACAUACAAAAAAGCACAACGCAUCAUCUUCAUUACUUUCUACAUUGGUCCCCGAUAACCGCUUUCUAACUGCGGGAAUCGUUCUCACCCCUUCAUUGGCCCCUCUUCGGAGGCGGCACAACUGCCAUGAGUAUACAGUGGAUGCUUGAUUCUCGUGGGCUCUUUUCCGAUAUCCCACCUGAUGCUCGGACCAAGUUCCAGGACAAUCCCACACUCCUCGUCAGUUGGUGGGCCACAGGUUUUUCGAUAGUCAUAAUUGUUGUUCGGGUAUGCGGUCGCUAUGUUCGGAUCGAGCGUUUCUUCCGCGAAGAUAAGGUGAUGAUGGCUAGUAUCAUCCCCUUAUUGAUCCGUAUGGCAUGUGUGCAUGUCAUCUUGAUCUGGGGUACCAACAACACCAAAACAGGUGGCCUGACUGCUGAAGAUAUCCGACACAGGGUCAUUGGCAGCAAGCUAGUUCUUGUCGCACGUAUCUUCUACGCUAUCUUCAUCUGGACAGCCAAAUUCACAGUAUGUGAGUUCCUCAAAAGAGUGGCAGGGAAGAUCUGGAGACGAUCGCUUCGGAUAUUUCUUCAGUUCCUCUACUAUUUUCUGGCCUCGACGUUGUUCGCCGUGAUAGUUGCGACCCUCGCCGAGUGUCAACCAUUCGACCAUUACUGGCAAGUCGUGCCCGACCCAGGCCCGAGUUGUCGCCUCGGCUAUGCCAAUCUGAUCACCAUGGGGUCUUGUGAUGUGAUAACCGAUCUACUCCUGGUCUCGUUCCCGAUUCCAUUCAUCGUGAUGACCCACAUGCCCCUCAAACGCAAAGUAUCACUUGUGGUCCUCUUCGCUCUGUCCUUAAUCCUGGUAGGAAUCACAUGCUAUCGAGUGCCGUCGGUCAUAUGGCAUGACGGCUCACAACAGUAUCGAUCGCUAGUGGCGUCACUGGAGAUACUAGCGGCCACCGCAGUUUCCAAUGCUGUUAUUAUCGGUUCAUUCGUUCGUGACAGGGGCGUUAAGAAAGUGAAAUUCAAGAAGGCUCAAGGAUCGGCCUCAGUUAGUGAAAGCAUGGACCACAGUUCCGUCCGCCGCCAAACUAUCACGCACCAUCAAUGGGGGAGCGACUCAGACCUGGCUGCUGAUUUGGGUAUCCGGUUGGACCCGGAGCUGUGUUAUGCUGACAAGAUCACGCCUCGCCCUGCGCCUAUUGCAGUGCCCGUUCAUCCGUUGACGGCCCGUACCGGGAUCUUGAACCCAAACUGGUCCUUCAAUCAGCGUUCUGGCGGCAUGGAGGACGACCGAAUCUCCAGUACAGGCAGUUUAGACAUCAAAAUCAGUCCGCAUGAGUAUAUUGAGACCACCAAAACACCGCGCAAGACAUCCGCAGAUGCGGUAAUGUCAUCAUCUCCCCCCAAUCUCCACAUCUUCGAUGUUGGCAGUCUCUUAAGCAGUCACCCUCCGACAAAUGUCUUCCAACCUCCACGAUAUCCGGAGCAAGCUAGUCAUUCCAGCGAAGGAAGCAGGGCUUCUUUCCAAGAUGUCGGGGGGUUGAUAUACACCCCGGACCCUCUUCGGACAAUACAUCUCAAUACGUCGCCUACCACUCCCCGCCCAUCUCUAUCAACACCCAACUUCAGCCGGCCGGGAGGGUUGCGAAACAGCUCCCAUUCCUCCAACCGCCGUCAUGGCUCUAGUGUUCACUUCAGCGACCCUCCAGACUCCCCGGUUCCUUCUUAUCGUUCCCAAACGGACGUAUCGGCACCUAUCAUCGAAGGUAAUGAGGUUGAACUGCAGGAUGUGGGUGGGCUGCUGUCGCGGCGUUGACAUGCCUCGUAAUUUUUGAACGACUGAUCAUGACGCACAACACAUGUGUACAAGUAAAUGACUCUGGUUAGGGCAGGCGUGUAUAUAUAGCGCUUGCGCAGGCACGUUCAGCGCUGGCGUUUGGCUAUAACUGUAACGUCUAAUUAUUCUACGAAUCUAUAUUUUUCGGAAUCUGAUAACGCAAGUCAUCAUC